AUGGAUCAUAGCAACGAUGAACCCAUCGCGGUGGUUGGGAUCGGAUGUCGAUACCCUGGCGGCAUUUCAUCCGUCACGGAAUUCUGGGAGGCACUUCGAAAUGGAAGCACCAUGAUGUCCGAUAUCCCACCUGAUCGGUUUGACCAUCAUUCAUUUCAUGACCCUAAUGGUAGGAGUCAUGGUCGGAUACAAAAUACCAAAGGCGGCUUCAUCCCAGAUAUUGACACAUUUGACGCCGAGUUUUUUGGAUACUUUCCAGCGGAAGCCUCCCGAAUGGACCCUCAACAGAGGUUAGCCCUGGAGGCUUCCGUCCACGCCCUCGAGGACUCGGGGAUCCCAUUGCACCAAGUAGCUGGAUCAUCCACUGGGGUAUUCGUUGGAACGUUCCAGAAUGAUUACGCUGCCAUACAAGUGAACGGCAUGCAACGAGACCAUUUCAACCCUCAUUCCAGUCUGGGUAGCGCAGCAUGUGCCCUCUCAAACAGGGUGUCACAUCGGCUAAACCUGCAAGGCCCCAGCAUCACAGUGGACACUGCGUGUUCGUCGAGUUUGGUAGCUCUGCAUCUCGCUUGUCAAAGUAUCUGGACAGGAGAGAGCACGGCUGCCAUUGCUGGCGGCGUAAACGCAAUUCUACGGCCCGAACCUAGCAUCCAACUUUCUACGUCCGGAUUCCUGUCGGCGAGUGGGGCCUGCAAGUCGUUCGACAAGGAUGCGGAUGGUUAUGUGCGUAGCGAGGGGGUUGGAAUGGUCUUUCUCAAGCCCCUGAGCCGUGCAUUCAAGGACAAAGACAGGAUAUACUCACUGAUUCGAGGAUCGCUGAUCAAUCAAGAUGGGUAUACUGAGGGCGGAUUCGCCGUUCCUAGCGCCAAUGCCCAGAUGGACCUCCUGCAAUCUGUCUAUCAGCGUUACGGGAUUGAUCCAGGUAGGGUUUGUUAUGUUGAGGCUCAUGGAUCAGGAACUCAGAUUGGUGACCCUAUUGAAGCGCAGGCCCUGGGCGAGAAGAUUGGACUGGCCCGCUCAAAGGAAGACGUACCUCUGUUGAUUGGGUCUGUCAAAGGCAACUUAGGCCAUAUGGAGGGUGCCUCAGGUAUCACUGGCUUUAUUAAAGCUGCUCUGAUCGCGUUCUACGGAGAGGUUCCCCCGCAGGCCAAUUUUCAAACACCUAAUCCUGCCAUCAACUUUGAGAGGCUCCGUCUUGCCAUUUCGACAACAGCAGCCGUUCUCCCACGAGGUAUUAACGGCGAACUAAUUAUCGCUGUCAACUCUUUUGGCGCAGGAGGAACAAAUGCACACAUCAUUCUUCAAAAUGCACCUCCGCAGCCAUGCCAGCGUGCAAGUCGCUCUUCUCAAGCUAGAAAUUGCCCCCAACUCUUUACCGUAUCCGCCCGGUCUGCGGCCGCACUAUCUGAUACAGUCAAAGGGUUGGAUCGACAGCUACGAGCGUCUCAUCCUACAAUAGAGGAUGUUUCAUACACUUUGAACAUGCGACGAAGCCACCAUUCCGAAAUUUCCAUUGUUGCGGCUUCAGGGAUUGAAGAUCUCUGUUUCCAGCUCGAACAGAUCGCGUCUGGGGAAGCAUCGAAGGGAGUCUUGUCCUUCCGGCGGCAAUCCGAAGUGAGGCCAAAGGUCGCCUUCGUAUUCUCUGGUCAGGGAGGCCAAUGGGCCGGGAUGGGCAUGGGCCUUGCCGCUCAAGAACCUAUAUUUCGACAAUCACUGGCUGAUUUUGACGCGCAUUUCAUCACUCUCUCAGGAUGGUCCAUUCGCGCAGAGAUAGCCGCUUCCCACGAUGACCCAUUUUCUGCUGGCCGCACGAUCGUAGUCCAACCGGCGAUUGCGGCAAUUCAGAUUGCAUUGGCGAAGACAUUGUCCUCAUACGGCCUUAGGCCAGACGCUGUUGUUGGUCACUCUGUUGGUGAGGUUGCGGCCGCCCAUAUCAGUGGUGCCCUAACUCUUGAAGAGGCGGUAAAAGUGAUCUACUGGAGGUCUCUAGUACAGAGCAAAGCCCAAGGAAAAGGGGCGAUGUUAGCAGUCGGAUUAUCAUCUGCUGAACUACAGCACCACAUCUGGCGACGCCGGUUGAAAGCACAAAUUGAGAUCGCUGGUAUGAAUGGGCCCCAGAUGACAACAUUAAGCGGGGAGACAGAGGCUUUACAACAACUGCUUGAACAUUUUGAGCAACAAGGGAUAUUUACGAGGUUUAUUAAGGUCGACGUUCCAUACCACAGUCGCUUUAUGGACCCUCUUCGAGAUGAGCUUGUAGACUCGCUCUCAUCUAUCAGCGGCGGAGAGGCCAAUAUCAGUCUCUACUCCACCGUUACAGCAUCCAUUGAACCUGGGACUCAUCUGACGGCAGAGUACUGGUUUGAGAACAUUCGACAGCCGGUAAAAUAUGUGGAAACUGCGGGUAAAAUAUUGAAGGAUGGUUAUGGUUUCCUUAUUGAGAUUGGGCCUCACCCGGUCCUUGUCAGUGAAACCCGUCGCACUGCUGAUGUUUUGAAGAUGCCCGCUAAUAUUCUUCCCUCUAUGUUUCGAGAUAGUGACACUGUACCCUUUUCACACCUAAUCGGAGCAGCGCAUGCCAUGGGAGUUCCCGUGGACCUGGAAUCGUUUGCCGGAGGUUGUGGGAAAUUAAUCGAUCUGCCACUGUAUCCGUUUCAACGCCAGCGUUAUUGGUUCGAACAUCCGGACGCACACCGCGUUCGUCGAGCGAAGGACCAACAUCCUUUUCACAAGAGCUAUACACGGCUGUCAGAUGAUGGCCUCGGUGUCCUACACCUUCGCCUUAGCACUGGGGUCUCGCCAUUUCUCGCAGACCACGUCUUGGAUGGAGCCGCUGUCUUUCCCGCCACUGGGCAGGCGGAGGCUGUGUUCCUAGCUGCUACAAAGCUCCUGCUUCCACAGAGUGCAACCAGUAUUCGACUACAAGAUAUGAGAUUUGAACAUGCCCUAGUGAUGGCCGCAGCCGAUGACUUCCCUCCACAGGUCCAGCUAGAAAUUACCUCUGCCGCCCAUGAUUUCAUUCUAAGCUUCCGAGCGGCUGAUUCUAGCCCGGCUGAUGCAUGGCAAGUGAUCUGUCGCGGACGGAUCGACACAUCUGAUUCAUUCUCACGGCCUAGCCUAGAAAUGCUGGAUACCGUACAGUCACGAAUCCAGACGGGAGAGGAGGUAGACAUCAAAACAUUCUAUUCGACCUUGGAGAGAGCAGGUCUUCGGUACGGCGAUGCCUUCCGCGGUGUACAGAAGAUUUGGCGACUAGGGAACGAUAUCUUUGGGCUGGUAACGCUCCCCAAACUGCUUCACCAGGAGGCAUCUCGCUUUAGAAUUCACCCUGCCUUACUAGACGCAUGUCUGCAUACUAUAUAUGUUGAACAACACUACCGUGGAAACUCCGCAGAAGUCUACCUCCCUUAUGGCAUCGAACAUAUAGAGAUCUUCGACGCACGCGGGGCAACAGCUGCCGCAGUCCAUGUCCAGAUUACUUGUCAUGACGAAAUUUCGAUUUGCGGCCGUAUAAAUGUCUACGACGCCUAUGGCGAGCCGCUCGCUAUUAUGACAGGUGUCCGCGCAAAGCGUGUGCCAGGUCGUAGCGUUCCUAGCGUGUCUCAGUACGAUAUCUCUUUUCUCCCAGAGCCGGACAACCAAAUAGUUAAAAUGGACUUUGAAAAUGUGCUUGUACUUGAGCCGCUAGAUCAAGCCUUGGACUGUACUCCCGUCAUCCAAGGGGCAUUUCCACAUGCCCGUGUGCAGAUACUCCAGCGCCCCUCCGCUCUAGCACCGCCCAAGAUGCCCGUCAAUCUGGAUUUCCCUAUGGAUGGUCGCUCCCUCGUCCUUAUUCCCACUAUAAGGAACUGUCACUCUGUGGGUUCAGCUGCAGACCUUCAGCUCAGUCUAGAAUCGACUGUUAGCACACUUGUGGAUAUGGCGAACCGUCUUCACUCUCGCCAGGGGAUUCCUUGGGUUAUCGUUAUCAGCCAGGGAGCCUGUGUUACACCAACCGAUUCCCAGUGCGACCCAUUCUCUUCGGCCCUACAAGCGGCAGUAAGGGUCAUGGCAAAUGAACUUCCAUGGGUUCGAAUCCGGUUGGUUGACCUUCCCCUCGGUCAGGUUCAUGACUACCUCCCGUUACUCGGGGACGAGAUUGUAAGAGCACGACUAGGCCGAGAUGAGAACGUAGUGGCGUUACGGUCAGCUGGAAGAUUUGUCAAACGAGUUGUUCCCAUCGAGACUGAGAAUAAACAAAAUGUAAUGAUGAUGCCUGCUCGUGGCGGAGAGUACUUCGCGGAGCGUGAUCGCGGGGGCUCCCUCGAUGCAAUUCAUUUCCGGCAGCGUAACCCAGGAGAGGCUGUCUGCCUUGGACCGGAUGAUGUGAGCAUCGAGGUUCAUGCUGCAGGCCUAAACUUCAAAGACGCCAUAAAUAGCAUAGGCAUGCUAAGUGAGCGCGCUACCGUCGGGUCGCUGUCUGGGCUCCGACUUGGGUUAGAGGUCUCAGGAGUUGUGAGGGAUAUUGGUGAUAACGUACAAAAGGUCAAGGUUGGGUCUCCAGUUACUGCUCGUGUGUGCGAUGGGAUCGCAGGGCAUGUUGUAGCCCACCAGAGUCGGGUUAACCCCAAACCUACGCCGCUCGAUAUGGCGGAGGCCGCUGCUAUCCCGGGAGCUUUUGUAACUGCACACUACGCCCUAGUGCACCUUGCUCGGCUUACACGGGGUGAGACCGUCCUCAUCCAUGCGGCCGCGGGUGGUGUGGGCAUGGCCGCCAUCCAGGUUGCUCAUCUUGUUGGUGCCCAGGUAUACGCCACCGCGGGCAGUCCCCACCGCCAAGCUGUCGUGGCCAAGUUACCAGGCGUUCAGGCGGUGUUCAGCUCUCGUUCCGCGUCAUUUCGCAACGGCGUUAAAGCUGCUACGCAUGGUCGCGGGGUAGACGUGGUAUUGAACUCGCUAAGUGGAGAGCUCUUAGCUGAGUCGGUUGCGUGCCUUGCGCCUUUUGGGCGGUUUGUAGAGAUUGGAAAGACUGAUAUCUACCGCAACAUGCGGCUAGGACUAGAGCAAUUCGGUCAGAACUGUUCUUUCUUCGUCGUUGAUGUCGACAGAUUAACCAAACAAAAACCAGCGUUAAAUAGUCAGAUUCAAGAUGAAGUCGCCACGUUACUCGAGACAAAGCAGCUCAAGUCCUUCCCUAUAGUCAAGUUCCCCGUCAUAGAACUGAAAACGGCGCUGACUGCGCUUUUACGGUCCGAGAUCAUUGGGAAGGCCGUGGUUGAGAUGCCUGAUUUGACUGAGGUCCCCGUCGUUCCAUGCGACCGACUUCACUUGCGUGGGGAUCGAGCCUACCUCGUGACUGGAGGCACCAGCGGGCUGGGUUUGCAUCUUGCUGCAUUUCUGGUUGACCGAGGAGCGCGACAUUUGGUGCUAGUCAGUCGGUCAGGCCCAAAAUCGCCAGAUGACCAGGCGACGAUCGACGGCCUGCAUCGGCGUGGUGUCAAUGCCUUUGAGCCCAAGGCGAUGGGGGCAUGGCACCUACAUGAGGCCACGAAGAACAUGCCACUAGAUUUCUUUGUUUUAAUCUCAUCUAUCGCCACUUUAGUCGGAUUUCCUGGACAGUUGAGCUAUACAGCUGCUAACCAGUUUCUCAAUGGAUUGGCACAUUCUCGUCGUCUCUCCGGCCUGCCCGCACUGGCUCUUAACUACGGCGCUAUGGGGAACUUUGCUGGUAUUUUUAAAAAUUCAACACAGGACGCUGACACCAUAAUCCAGCUUAAUAUGACCAGAGGCGUGUUUCAAAUAAGUCUCCCGGACGUGCUGUCUACCUUAGAGCGGGCCAUGCUUGAGGAUGCUACGGAGCGAAUGCCUGCGGAUAUCGACUGGCGCAUGUUUAUCGCUUCAGCUCCUCACCUAUAUCUAGACGCCACUUUCAUGGGUCUUCUGCAGGACAGCGCUAACACUCGUACACCAGAAAGUUUUGGAUCUGGUACCGGACCACGGACCGCCCCAGAGAUCGCUGAUGUUUUACACGCUGGGCUCGCAAAAAUCCUAGGUGUUGAAGAGGGACGAAUCUCCCGGGCGGCAGGGCUUGAGCGAUAUGCUCCAGACUCGCUGACCCUCGCACAGGUUCGAGGCAUGAUUCAACGUGAUAUACGGGUAUCCUAUCCUAUCGUAAAACUCUUUAACAAUCCUACUAUUGAGGACAUUGCGCAAGAGCUUGAGAGAUCUUUGAAUUUAGAUCCCGCUGAGGCGCAGAGCUCGACAGUCGAAAACGGUCACAGCCAUACUCAGCAAGAUAACCAUUCCGUUGCUCUAACAGUCAUCUCCCCUUGGUUUAUCCGAGGUUGCGACGAUGCCAUCGUUAAAUCCCAACCUCGUCUACUCUGUAUCCACCCAAUGGCCGCAGACGCUUCUUUCUUCACCCCAUAUCUAGUUGACCCCCCUCGCGGGCUAGACGCAAUUGCUGUCCAAAUUCCUGGUCGCGAUAACAGAGCAGAUGAACCAAUCCCAUCGAGCGUCUCCGAGAUUGUAUCAGGGCUACUCGCCGAAUUGGAUUCAGUUAUUGGUGCCACGCACAUCAUUUGGGGUCAUUCCUUCGGCGGGAUAGUCGCUUUUGAGGUGAUCAGAGAAAUGAGACGUCGUGGAGUCCACCCGCUUCCGCAAUUGUUGCUCACUGGCACUAUUGCCCCUCAUCUAAUGUCCUCCUGGCAGAGUGCAAUAAGUUUACAAUGGGCGUUUGCAGAGGAUAUUAACCCGGAUUAUGCCUUGGCCGUCUCACGCUACACCGAAGACCCACACUUUUUCCGGAAUAUUCUCCCGCUUUUCAAACGAGACUCACCUUGGUUUUCGAAUUACGUCUUUGUCGAAGAAGAGCCGCUCAAUGUGCCGAUUACCGCGUUUGCAGCUCGUCAGGACGACAUGGUGUAUCCAGACCAGGUUGCGGGUUGGGAUGUUCAGACGGACAAGUUCGAGUUUGUCGAGGUCGACGGGGAUCACUGGUUCAUUCACAAGAACCGUCAAGUGAUUCGGGGGGCGUUGGAAAGAAUGGCCUCCUCACCUAGAGAGGAAUCAAGGGCGGUGGAAGUAGUCUGUCCAAGUGAUGCAGAUAAGGUAAAGGGUGAGGUUGCGGAGGCGGCAAACGUAGUAGAGGCUAGGGUAGUGGUUAUGGGAGCUGUUGAGGUAGUGGUUGAGGUAUAG